AUGUACUCAUUUGAAGGGAAUUACAAAUCAAAGCGAUCAUUAGUGCUUGAUCAUACCCAAAAGUUGUCAACCCAUGCGCUUGUUCAAAAAACACGUGAAGAACGAAAGUCACGUGAAAAUAUGGUCAAACAAGAACGUGCCGCUACUAAAAUUCAAAAAUGUCUUCGAGAUUAUGUUGCACGAAAUAAAAUGAAACGUUACUUUAUUGGAUUAUUGAAUGAAUUAUCUAAACAAUUAGAUGAUAUAAUAAAUAAAACUGGUUUCAAUGAGGAGCAUGAAUUUGAACAUAAAUUAUUGAAGUUACUUCAAUGUUUCAAUACAUGCUAUCGUAAUAAAAGUCCGGAACAAAAACAUCUUUUUACUGUUUGUCGUUUAUUAUUGUCCAAACAUGGAAAAGAUGCACAAGUCAACUGGUUAACUAAUGGUUCUGUUGACCAUAUUUUCACGCUAGGGAAUUCGUUAUUAAUCAACAUCAAAUAUUUAACCAAACUUCCAUCAUUAACAACAUCAUCAAACUAUACAUUACCGAUUCGUGUAUUAGAGGAAUUAUUCAACAUUUUAAUCGGAACUUGUUCAUCUACAAAAAUCUCUUUAUAUUCAAAACAACUGUACUUCAGUAUUGAAUGGAUUUGUCGACAUUUAUCAAAACAUCAUUAUUUUAAUCAUUUGGCUUAUUUUAUGGAUCAACAAUUACCAACUACAACUGGUGGUUACCUUAAAGAUUUCACUACCCAAUCACAAGUAUUUGAUCCUGUGGAAUUUUUCAAAUUACCAAAAACUCGUUCUUUUAUUAAUCUAAUAAUUGCACCGUUGAAAUGUGCUUUUAACUUAUCGGAUAAUGAUAGUCCAUUUUCUAAUCCAAUGGUCGAUUUGUAUCGUGAACUUGUUUUCACAGCAUUAAAUGAUAUUCUCAUAUCAACUAUUGAUGAUCACAAUACUUAUAUUAUCGGUGAACGUGUUAUACUCAGUGUUGGUAUGGAAAUGUUCAAACUACCUAAUCUACAUCAAAUUGUUAUUCAUGGAUGUUUAACAGCGGUUGAGAAUGAAAAUAACCAAUUAAACACUGAACAACGACCACAUAAUGGAACUAUUUCAUUGAUUCCUUCUAUCAAUUUAUUACACCUUUUUGUGACUGUGGCUAUACCUGGCAUGUUAGUAAAAUGUGAUCCAACCACAACCACAUCAAGUUCAACUGUCCAUACAACCGAGUCAUCAAUGAUACAAGAUACUGAUGACGAUGAUAAUCACGAAGAAGCAGUGACAGAGGAAGAAGGAGGUGACGAAUCAUUGCCAGUUCUGUUAGCUACUGAAUCUUACACACAUUAUACAUGGUCUGGUUCACCUUUAGAAGCUGCGAUAACGAUACGUUUUGUUGCUCGGAUACUUAUGAGUUGUUUAACGGAACCUCAUCUGCCUAUUGUUCGUCCAAUUACUGAUCCUAAACCGUUACAACUACGAAUUGGACAAGGAGAAGAAUUAUCAGAUGAUGACGAUGGUGAUGAUGACGACAACAAGAUUAAUGAUAAUCAUAAUAGAAUGAAGGGAGUGGAAAUCAAUGAUCAGGAAAUGAACAUGUCAGCUGAAUUUACUAGAAGUACUAAUAACUGUAGUCUUAUUUCAGAGGCUGUCUCGUUUCAACCAGUAUGGGCUUCUCAACUGACAAAAAUCUCUGCGUCACUAAGUCAUAGUUUACCGGCGCUAGCAGCUAGCUCAUUGUCUACACUGGAAAACUUCAAUAGUGAUUUGGAUAAUCCAGAUAAAUUGGAAUUAAUUCGUUCUUCAUCGUAUCUACAUUAUUGCCUUUCUCAAGUAUGUGGUCUGUCUAGGACAUCAUUAAUACGCAUUAACUCAAUUUAUUCACAGUAUACAAUCUAUUUACGUUGUUUAUGGAAAUUAAUUGAAAAUACUAAAUUGGAACUUCAAAGUUAUCUUCCACUGAUAUUUACAUUUGCUGAUUGUCUUCAUCAUCGCUUAUUAUGUUUAACUGAUUCGGAAAUCUGUGACAUCUUAUCGGAAGCGAACUACACCAACUCUAACGAUUAUCGUCAUCAACAACCAAUCAAUAAUAAUGGUGAACCUUCACGAGGAGGUUGUGGUUUUCGUGCUGAUGAAUUAUUACAAGUUGGUGCAAGACUUCGUGAUCUUAUGCUCGGCCUAAUUGAUUUGUCACAUCCUGAUCAAGUGCCGAAACAAACUCGCUGCAAUUUACAAACAGAUACACAUUGUGCAGAAUCAAUGGAACAACCAAAUUAUGGUGCAGUAUUACGUAGAAUAGAACAAUGGGUCGAAAUAGCCGAUCUUGGCAGUUCACCUAUUGGUGAUCUAAUGAUGCGAAAUUAUACACAAUGGUCGAUACCGGAUUUUCGUCUUUUACUAUAUUGUUGGUGUAGUUUACUGCGUCGAGUUGAACGGUUAGUAUUUCAAAUCUAUGAUUGGGAUCGUCGUUGUCGACGUCAACAAGAUACUAGUCUGCCUAUCUACCUUUUACAAAAUCCACAAUCCACAACGACAACAGCUUCUACAAAUGCAUCAUCUACAUUUUCAUCAUCAUCCUCAUCAACUGAUAUUGCACGCGUAACCAAUUCACCACGUCUACCACUUGGCACACCAAGUGUUAGUCAAACAUUUUGGUUGAAAGAUAACUUAUUUGAUUUAUUAAAUACUACAGAAUCACAAUCUUCAUGGUUUGAAAAUCAAGGUUAUCAAAAUACAUUGGCAUUAGCUGGUGCACCGUUUGGUUAUUAUAGUAUUUUGAAUCCAGAUCGAAAUCAAGAAUCAUUUUCUUUAUCCAAUCGUCAAAUACGUCAAGUCUUAUUAUUGAAAAAAGUUCCAUUUGUUAUACCAUUUGAAAAACGAGUUAAAUUAUUUAAAAUUCUAAUCAAUGAUGGUAGUACAUAUAAUCGUAAUCCAUUUCGACGAAUAUAUAAUAUGUCUAAUCAACCAAGUGUUUCUCUUGUUGUUCGUCGAACCCAUUUAUAUGAAGAUGGUUUUGAGAAAUUAUCCAAAGAAAAUGGUAAUGUUUAUUUUGGUUAG